AUGAACGUGAAAUAUACUUCAGAACAAAUUGUUACCAUUUUUACUAGCGAUAAAGAAUAUAAUAGACUGUUGACACCUGUCGUGUCCCUGUUUUGAUCUCUCUUUUGUCCGACAGUAUACAAACAGUAAACGGGCAAUAAACGAGUGAGUGAUUAAAAUGUUCUUCAGGUGUUGGGUGGAACCAGCGUUAUGAAUGGCAUGACGUAUAUGAGGGGCUCAAGAAAGGAUUACGAUGACUGGGCGAGGCUUGGAAACAUAGGAUGGUCUUAUCAAGAUGUCCUUCCGUAUUUCAUCAGGAGCGAGGAUAAUCUUCAAGCAAACAUCAUGGAUUACGGUUAUCACGGUGUCGGUGGACCACUCACGGUCACACAGUUCCCUUAUCACCCGCCCUUGAGUUAUUCUAUCCUCGAAGCUGGAAAGGAACUCGGUUACGGUGUCGCGGACCUCAAUGGACGAACUCACACCGGAUUUGCCAUAGCCCAAACGACCUCGAGAAACGGUUCGCGACUUUCAACGGCCCGGGCAUUCUUACGUCCAGCGAAAAAUCGACCGAAUCUUCACAUAAUGCUCAAUUCCACGGCCACCAGGAUCUUGUUCGACAAUAACAAGAGGGCAGUUGGCGUGGAAUUCGUCCACGAUGGAGAGAUCCAUCGAGUUUCCGUGGCGAAGGAAGUGGUCGUCAGCGGAGGCGCAGUCAAUUCGCCACAGAUACUUUUGAACAGCGGUAUCGGUCCUCGAGAAGACUUGAAUGCCGUCGGUGUCCCCGUUGUUCACGAUCUACCUGGCGUAGGUAAAAAUCUUCACAAUCAUGUCGCCUAUACGCUGGCCUUCACUAUCAAUGACACUGACACGACUCCCCUCAACUGGGCAACUGCGAUGGAAUACCUUCUCUUCAGGGAUGGCUUGAUGUCUGGUACCGGUAUCUCCGAGGUCACUGCCAUGAUAAACACGAAAUACGCGAACCCAAAAGUCGACCAUCCGGAUGUUCAAUUGAUCUUCGGUGGUUAUUUAGCGGAUUGUGCGGAAACAGGCAUGGUUGGUGAAACGAAGGGUGCAAAUCGCACUAUUUACAUUAUUCCCACGUAUCUGCAUCCGAAGAGUCGCGGUUAUCUUCGCCUACGAAACAACGAUCCUCUGUCGAAGCCGCUGAUUUACCCAAAAUAUCUGAGCCAUCCUGACGACGUUGCAGCCAUGGUGGAGGCUAUUAAAUUUGGUAUCAGGCUGGCUGAAACCGAAGCUCUCAGCAGAUAUGGAUUCCAAAUGGAUCGGACGCCGGUGAAAAAUUGCGAACACUUGAAAUUUGGCUGCGACGCGUAUUGGGAAUGCGCCGUGAAACACGAGACCUCGCCAGAGAAUCAUCAAGCAGGUUCUUGCAAAAUGGGACCACCGGAUGAUCCUCUGGCAGUGGUAGACAAUCAAUUGAGAGUGAGAGGAGUGAGAGGAGUGAGAGUGGCGGAUACCAGUAUCAUGCCAAGGGUCGUUUCCGGCAAUACAAACGCGCCAGCUAUUAUGAUCGGUGAACGGGCUGCGGACUUCAUCAAGAGAACCUGGAUCGGCUGA